AUGGUGUUAUCCCGUAAAACAAAAUCAACUGGAAUUCGACACGAAUUAAAUAAUAGUACAAAGAAAUCUAAGACGAUAGCAACGAACAGUAAACAAAAACCACUACAUUCAAAACGAAAAAAAUUAACGAAACGUGUGGAUUUAAACGAUCCAUCAACAAAUACAAUAACUUUACGUCGUAGUCGACGUUUAACGAAUAAGAAAAAACCAUUAUCUAAUUUAUCUUGUGAAUCAACUUCGAAUUUAAUUCUUCCUACUUCUUCAAAUUCAAUUUCUAUAACAAAAAAUUAUCCAUUACGAUCACGUUUACGACGAGCAUCAUUAACAAGUAAUAAUCAGAUAACAACAACAACAACAAAUCGUCGUUCACGAAUAUCAAAACAACAAGAUUUAUUAUCAACAUCAUUAUCAUCGAUGGGUCUUCGAAAUGGUAAAAUAGUUAAUUUACGUUCAGUUAUAUCAGGUACAACAUCUCAAACAAAUGAAGAACUUACAACAUCAAAUCUUCCAUUACUUUCAUUCAAUCCAUUACCACGUCAACAUCAUCAAACAAAUAAUUCAACAUUAUCAACAACUUAUUCAUCAACGAAUUCAUAUAAUAAUAAUAACAAUAAUAAUAAUGAUUUAAAUUUGACAAUAUGUCAAUAUCAUUAUUCAAAUAUUACAAAUCAUCCAUCAUUAGAUCCAAGUAAAUAUUUUCCUGUUCGACUUGAUAUACUUCUUGAUCGACCACCUGUAUCACGUGAAAAACAAAUUGAAUAUGGAUGGAAUCAUGAUGAUCGUUCAAUGAAUAUAUUUGUUAAACAUAAUGAUCCAUGUACUUUUCAUCGACAUCCUGUAGCACAAAGUACAGAUGCUGUUCGUUGUAAAAAAGGCUUUACUAGUGGCAUUCAUGUAUGGGAAAUCGAAUGGAAUACAAGACAACGUGGUACACAUGCUGUAGUAGGUGUUGGAACAGUAAAAGCACCACUUCAUUGUCCAGGUUAUCAAGCACUUGUUGGAAUGAAUCAAGAAUCAUGGGGAUGGGAUUUAGGUCGAAAUAAACUUUAUCAUAAAGGUGUGAAUAGUGUUUAUGCUUCAACACAGUAUCCAUCAUCAACAGUAACAUCAUCUAGUUCUCUAUUAUCUCCGACAACUACAACAUCAACAUUAACUGAUCCAGCUGAUGCUAUUAACAAUAAUGGUAUAUCAUAUCCAUCGAAAUCUGAUGAAUGUUUUGUAGUACCCGAUAAAUUUUUUGUUGUUCUCGAUCUUGAAGAAGGAACAUUAGCUUAUAUUGUUGAUGGACAAUAUUUAGGUGUAGCAUUUAAUGACCUUAAAGAUAAGGGUGCACUUUAUCCAAUGGUUUCAUCAGUAUGGGGACAUUGUGAAAUAACAAUGCGUUAUAUUAAUGGAUUAGAACCUGAACCACUUCAAUUAAUGGAUUCAUGUCGACGUGUUAUACGUAAAAGAUUAGGUCGAACGAAUCUACAUUUAAUUAAUUAUUUGACAUUACCUACUUCAUUACGUAAUUAUCUGGGUGAAAUUUUAUAUUUAUUCAGUUUUGAAUCACAACCGGAUGGACGACGACGAUAUCAAGUUGCAGAUAUUGAUGUUUUUAUUCAUGAAUACUAUCAAUUACCGACUAAUCAACGUCAUACGUACGAAAUUAUUAUCGAUAAAAAACCAUCCAAACUUUAUUUUGAUCUUGAGUAUGAUAUUGCUGCUAAUCCGAAUAUUGGUGGGCCAAAAUUAACAACUAAUUUCAUCCAGUUCGUACUCAAUUUCAUGCGAAAACGGAGUGAUGAUUUGAAUUAUUCAAUGAAAGAUGUACUUAUUCUUGAUUCAACAUCUUCAACAAAAUUUAGUCGUCAUUUAAUUUUUCAAACAAAAGAUCCAUUCUUAGAUAAUCUUGCUGUUGGUAAAUUUGUCAAUCUAAUCUUAGAAGAUAUUCACGGUUGUUUAAUCAAUCAUCAAUGUUCAGCAGUUCAUAGUAUUUCAUCAUGUCAAAGUCAACAAACACAAUCAUAUUCAGAUUCAUCAGUUUUUGCUAAAAAUCUUCUUCUUACAAUUGAACCAUAUUUAUGUCGAUUUGAACAAUGUAAAUGUAUUGAUGAUUAUUCACAACUUCGUUUUAAAGAUAUUAUUGAAUUUAUUGUAAAAAAAAGUGAUACUACUGGAUUAACAUGGUUUUGUGAUAUGAGUGUUUAUACAAAAAAUCGUGCAUUUCGAUUACUACGUUCAAGUAAAUUUGAUAAACAAGAAUGUUUUACUGUUGCACCUGAAAAUGAAUGGAAACCAUCGGCACGACGUUCUCAUCAAUAUUUAUCAACUGAACCAAAUGAAGAAGCUGAACGUCAAACAUUUAUGGCUUCAUUAGUUUAUUUCAAUAAACCUAUUCGACGUUUUAUUCAUGUUGAUGAUGUGAAUACCGCUAGUGGAAAAUCUAUUAGUUCACGUUCUCAUCAAUCAUCAUAUGUAUCAGAAGAUCUACAAAAAAUGUCAUUAGAUUAUCCUGAACUUGUUAAUUUUAUGAUGAAUAUAGCACGAGAUAAAAAAGAUGAUGGUAAUGGUAUUCGUAUAAGUCGUUUAUACAAAGCAAAAGAAGUUCAAAAUGAUUUUCGAUGGGAAAUUGGUUUUAUGUAUGUAGGUGAUUAUAAGUAUUGUGAACGAAUUCAACGUCAUCAUAAAAAUAAUAAUAUCUAUUUCGUUGUUGAUAUGCGUAAAGGAACAUACCGACAAAAAUGUCAUGAUCCAGAUUGCAAAGCAUUUCAAGGUAUUGAACAAACAUUACCAAUAAAUGCAACACCUUGGUUAACAGUAGUCAAUCAAGAAUGGGAUAAUCAUAGUCCAAGAUCAAUGAAAGAAACACUCUAA